UGGUUUGGCCUUUCGUGUCAUCCGAAGGCCGUAGCGAAGCCAAAGAAGUGAGAGGAGCAAGGAUGAGGCGUUAUGUACCCAAACUUAUUGAUUGGCGCAAGGGCUUCAGGAAAUUCAAUUCCUUCCUGGUCAAAUGUGAGAUUGGAUCAUAUUCUGCAUCCAGGGAGAGUAUUGGUCAAGGUUUGGGUGGUUAUCUGAAUGGAUCCUUACAGAAGAUGUAUGCCACUUCUAGUGCUACUCUAUCCGAUCAUACCUCGAAAGAUAAUCAUGUUUCAGAUAUGUUAGUUGAUUCAUUUGGGAGGCUGCACACUUACCUGAGGAUCUCCUUGACAGAGCGUUGCAAUCUUCGAUGUCAGUACUGUAUGCCUACAGAGGGUGUGGAGCUCAGUCCUAGCCCUCAACUACUCUCACAGAAUGAGAUUCUUCGACUGGCAAAUCUGUUUGUGAGCUCUGGAGUGGAGAAAAUUCGUUUGACUGGAGGGGAGCCAACCAUUAGGAAGGAUAUUGAAGACAUAUGUCUACAGUUGUCUAACUUGAAGGGGCUAAAAACGCUGGCCAUGACUACCAACGGAAUUAUUCUCUCAAAAAAACUUCCGAAGCUGAAGGAAUGUGGGCUUACUUCUGUGAAUAUCAGUUUAGACACGUUGGUCCCAGCAAAGUUUGAAUUCAUGACCCGGCGCAAAGGGCAUGAAAGGGUUAUGGAAUCAAUUAAUACCGCUAUAGACCUUGGAUACAAUCCUGUGAAGGUGAACUGUGUUGUAAUGCGUGGGUUCAAUGAUGAUGAGAUUUGUGAUUUCGUAAAGUUAACGCGUGAAAAGCCAAUUAAUAUUAGAUUCAUUGAGUUCAUGCCUUUUGAUGGGAAUGUCUGGAAUGUCAAGAAACUUGUACCGUACUCUGAAAUGUUGGAUAGAGUGGUAAAACAGUUUCCAUCCAUGAAGAGACUUCUGGAUCACCCAGCAGACACGGCCAAGAAUUUCAGGAUAGAGGGGCAUUGUGGUACUGUUUCUUUUAUAACAUCAAUGACUGAGCAUUUUUGUGCUGGAUGCAAUAGGUUACGACUUUUAGCUGACGGAAACUUCAAAGUUUGCUUAUUUGGUCCUUCAGAGGUUAGUUUAAGAGAUCCCCUUCGCCAUGGUGCUGAUGAUGAUAAGCUUAGGGAAAUAAUUGGGGCAGCGGUGAAGAGGAAGAAAGCUUCACAUGCUGGGAUGUUCGACAUUGCAAGGACAGCAAAUAGGCCUAUGAUCCAUAUUGGUGGCUAAAUUUUUGCACAGAGAGCGCAAAAAAUAUUUGGGCACAUGGUUGUUACCACCCCAAUUACUGUGUAUCCAAGCAAGGCAAGAUCACAACUCAGUCAUUCAUUCACUAAUGAAGAAUUCUGACUUUUCUUCUGUUACUUCCAAAGUUGUGCUUUAUUUCUAAGCAUUUACAGUGAAGAGUAUCACAAGUUCUCUCCUUUGUAAUUUAUCUUUAUGUAGGUUUUUGCUUUUGCUUUUGUUGUAACAAGGAAAUUGAUACACACAGUAUCCUGUGUUAUCUUAUAUACGAAGUUAUCUAUACAAGAUAGGUUAUUAUCGUGUU